GGAGAUGAAUGUUACAGAAAAUAGCCCUACCAAUGCUAUUGAUAUUAAUGAUGAGGAGUCAGUUGACAUUUCAAUGGGUAUUGAUGCAGCAAAUACUGAAAAUACAGAAGAGAAAGAGUUAAGCCCUACAAAGAAAAAAGUUAGAGCCAAUGUGGGUAAGCGUAGACUAAGAUCUCCUGCUUGGGAAUCAUUUGAUUUACUGCCCGUUGAUGAAGAUAACAAAAAACGUGCUAAAUGUAAACAUUGUGGGGUUGUAUAUGUGUGUGAUAGUAGGUAUGGGACAGGAAAUUUGUUGAAUCAUGCUAAAAAUUGUGUUAAGAAGCCUUAUGGUGAUGUGAAGCAAUUACUUAUGUCAUCUUCAGGAUUGCGUUCCCCGCAAUUUGAUUAUGUGAAAUUUCGUGACUUGUUAAUAGAGGCGAUCAUCAAGCAUAAUUUGCCUUUUAGUUUUGUUGAAUAUGAGGGAAUUAAGGCUUUGUUUGCAUAUGUCUCUCCUGAUAUUAAGCUGCCAUGUAGAAAUACUGUUAAGGCAUGUGUGUUGAGGAUGUUUAAAAGUGAAAGACAAAAGCUUCAUACUUUGUUAAGCUCAAUUCAGGGAAGAAUUUGUUUAACUUCAGAUUUAUGGACCUCUGUAUGUACUGAUGGGUAUCUUGCUCUUACUGCUCACUUUGUUGACCAAGAUUGGAGAUUGCACAAAAGAAUUAUAAAUUUUUGUCAUAUGCCUCCUCCACAUUCUGGUGUUGCAUUAUCUGAAAAAAUCAAUACAUUAAUAACUGAGUGGGGGAUUGAGAAGAAGUUGUUUUCUAUUACUUUAGAUAAUGCUUCUGCAAAUACUUCUUUAGGGAUAAUGGGUAGUAAGAGAGGAUUGAGACAAGAUGUCCCUACUAGAUGGAACUCAACUUAUACCAUGCUUGAGAGUGCACUUUUCUAUCAUCGUGCUUUUAUUAAUUUAGGAUUGAUUGAUUCCAAUUUUAGUAGUUGUCCUUCUCCUCAAGAGUGGAUUAAAGUAGAGAAGAUUUCCAAGUUUUUGGGGUACUUUUAUGAUGUUACAUGCUUAUUUUCUGGUACAAAGUACCCCACAUCAAAUUUAUUCUUCCCUAAGGUGUUCAUAAUACAACACCAAAUCAAGGCAGCCAUGGAAGAUAAUGAUGGUUUCAUGAACAAGAUGGGAACUAAUAUGAACAUGAAGUUUGAGAAGUAUUGGUCAGAGUACAGUUUAAUUCUUGCAAUUGCAAUUAUUUUGGAUCCUCGUUAUAAGUUGCAUUUUGUAGAGUGGGCUUAUUUGGUCUAA